AUGUUCGUGCUCACUUUUGUAUCCAGGUGUCUGUUGGAGGCGGUCGCUGGGUUUGAUGAUGCGGGGUACGGAGAGUGGGCUGGUGGUGGGGGUAGAGGGGGAAGGGGGAGGGGUGUGCGGGCGGGCGCGGUAGCCCCACAGUACGCGAAAGGACGUGCGCGUGAGUGGUCGCCGCUAUCGGCAAAGAGCGGCGCGGCCGCCGAGUGUGAUGCGAGCGUGCCGCCCGCCAUGGCCACGCUCGGCCUAUCCAAGGUGUUCAUCCUUGACAAGUACUUCACUGAGCUGCAAAAGUUCUGGGAAACGGAAAAGAAGCUGCAAGGUGAGCGGGCGUGCAGUGCCUACGCUGCUCCCAUUUGUGUAUGUUGUGACGGGCCACUCGUUUCGGCACCGCCGCGCCGAAAGCUCCACAUUUCUCCAGCUGUGAACGCGUACUCGACCGCCGGGCACCUCUCGCCGCCCAUUUAUGUUCGAAGGGCCGCCGCGCCGAGCCGCGCCGCGCUAUUCACUAUCUAUUACGAGAGCAUCGUGACGCACCGGCCACGACUCGUU